GCUGGUGGAACGUCAACAGAACAACGCCACAUCUCACCAGUCAGUUGCUGCAUCGAGAUCCUUGCACUACAGAUAGCCUUUCUCUUGCUUUGCAAAAGAAUUACAUGUCUUUCAAUUUCAUUUUUUGCGAACUUGUCCAAUUUUGAUUGACUGUCAGUCCUGUCAUUCAAAAUCACCUAUUUCAUAUUUUUCGAGCGAAGACGCGAAAGUAUUUUCAGUAUAUUGCCAAACCAGAACUGCUCGAUUGGCUGUUUCCUCAAGUGAUACAAUAAAAAUGGCCAGUCUCCGUCUGCUCGCCGAUGAUGGUCCCGUUUUGGGAGAAAUUGUUGCAGAGUCAUGGGUUGAAGUAUCGGAUCCGCCAACGAGUCCAACUCCCGAGCGUACUACUCAUCUCCCCCAUGGGUCUGAAGAUUAUCUUAGAUUGCUAAGAGAAGCCCAACGCGAUAGCAAUCAGUCCUCUGCCCUCGUCUCCUUGGCUUCUACGCGCAAAAAUUCACCACAUAGCUCACCUAAGUCACCUCCAAAUAGUCCCAAUACGGAACCAGUUGGCGAAGGAGAGGAACUGAAAGGAUUCUACAUCAAUUAUUGCACUAAAGAAGGCACAAGUCUUGAGACUAACACUGACUGGGUUUGGGACUGGUCCAGUCGUCCUGAGCAGCAAGCGCCAAAAGAAUGGAAGUUUAUACACCCGGAAGGUCGCAUUCCGAUGAAGAAGCCCUACGGCUACAGCAUCCGCUUUGCCAAAGUUGGGGGUACCAGUGUUUUUUCUAGACAAGUUUUGUAUACAAUGGUCCUCACCAACUUGGUGACGCUUCUGCUCGGCACCGGCAUUGGAUUCUGGCUAAGUCGGCGCAGUAACGACGUCUUACAACUGAACUUGGACUAAAACGGAUAUUGGCAAGUUUCAUCUUGGCAACCGCCGGCGACCUGAAAGCGAAUGAUACAUACAUGUACAGCUAAUGUCCGUUUAAGCAUAGAGAGGCUUGGCUGUGACGUUCUUCUUUUUUAUUGCAUUCUACCUUUUUGCUUCAUAUUCUCCGAAAUUUUGUCUUUCUGGCACUAUGCCUAAUAAUCGUAAAUUGAUUUAAGGUUUCUUUCGUUUCAUUCUUUGAACGUUUGAAAAAAAGCUUCCAUUGAUUUCUGAUAUUUAAAAAAUAAGGAAGAAGACAAAGCGGAAGCGAAAUUUAUCUUAAACAAAAAAGAAGUGGGUUUUUUUAUAUCAGGCACGUACAACAAGCAAUCAUUUUUUUUCGGAGUGUUGGUCAAAUGUUUCGUCCCGUAUUCACAGUUUACGUUAAACAAUACAUUUGCGUCAUAUUCAUACAAUUAAAAUUCUCUAUGGAUUAAA